GAAUACCCAAGGGAAAGCGUAAGAAGUGACUCCGAGAUGAAUCAAUUUUGAAGAAAAAAGGUUGCGACCCAGGGUAACCUCGAGUAGCUCCAAGGAAUUAUGCUGGAACGAAAAGAUGAAGAAACGUUGAAAGUAGCUGCAAUACUCCAUCGUCAAUGGGGUUUAAGAUUCACAAAGGUGGGAAAGAAUCAGGCUGCCAUUGAUGCAUUUCGAAGGGCUUUGGAGGAAGGUGGAGACCAUCUUACCACUCUCAUUGGGCUGUGUGUUGCACUGUUGGAGAAUGGAAAUUAUGUGGAGGCAGAUGAAAUUUCAAAGAAAUGUUUUGCAAUUGAUCCUGGUAAUUACGAGGCAAAAUGGUUGAGAGUGGAGACGCUGUACAAAAUUGGAGAGUUUGGGAGUAGUCUCGUGCACGCCUAUCGAGGAUACCAUCAGCGUCGUUAUCCCUUCGAGAAUGGAGUGUUCUGUGGGAGGGAAGCCCUCGAGAACUGCAUUGGGCGGAAUACGGCUGAUAGCUUGAUGGAGGAGUUGAUACCCUGGAUGAGAAAGUUGGAGGAGCGCCGAAAUUCUCUGAUCGCCAAGUUGUCGAGUGGAGAGGAGAAUGAGUUGGGGUACACCGAAGAGUACACAAAAUUCCGGGUCAACGAUCCUGAAUAUCAACGCGAAUACCGUAUGAAAAAAUUUCGGCGAAUGUUAACAAGAAGAUACCAAGGAUAUCUGGCAGAUGAUACCCUCUUUCUCGAGGGACUCCUUGAGAAUUCCGACUCGGAUUCAACUAAAAAAAGAAGUAACCAACAGUUGUUGGCCCUCAUCCAGAAGCACUUGACGCGAUCGAGUCAGACGACCGAGGUAGCCCGUAUCCAUAAGUCCUUGUACGUGUUUCGUUUCAAGAGACGUGAAAUAACAACACCUGGAUGGAAGAAAUCUCAACUCAAUGAGAGACUAUUACGGAAACAUAAUAUCGUGAUUGAGGUACAUUCAAUGCUGAUGAGACUUCAUGAAGCCAGAGUUGCAAGAAAUUAUCCUCUAUUUUUCAGCUACGUCGACAGAGCAAAGUACAAAUUGGACUCAUACCACACCUCGAUGUUCCCUCAGAAGUCAGACUGCCUAAGAGAACUAUACAAAAUGGUUGCCCAUGCUUAUGUAGACCCGCGGGACGUGACUGGCAUAAAAGAUCCCACCGCAAGAGAGCGUUACCUUAAACAUCACCUUGGAAUACGAGAGGCUGUUCUCCCUCGGGACGAGGACCUAGCGUGGAUCCCUUGCGGGCAGGAAAGAAAGUCGAAACUCGAGGUCUUCCGUCGACGUUUAGCCCUAACGUCUGAGCCCCUUGAGCUAGCGUGGUUGUUUCACGAACUUUCCAAACUCCACGUUGAGACAAAAUCCCUGGAUUUGGCUAGGUUCUACGCAAAAAAAUCCCGGGACUGGAGCACUGACGCUGGCGACGACUGGUGGACACUAAACGCUAAUCACUUACUGAUCCGCAUAGAGAUUCACCAUCACAAUAGGAACGAAGCCAAGGAGGCCGCCAUCUUGUGCUAUUUGGGCGCUAAGAAGAUGGGGUUAGACUUCCUCGCUGAUUUCUACGUAAAAAUCGCCCGAAUUGUCGAUACCAUCGACCUCGAGAGGAUGAAGGGCCUCGAUGGGAUCGCAAUUCGAGAAAAGAUUGUCUCCAAACUGAUGCCCACGGAGAAAUUGAAACGAGAAAUGGACUUUUUACUACAGCGUAUGGACGUUGUCCCCGCCAGACGGCGAUUAUCCAUUGUACCAGGUUGUAAAACAAUCGAUAAGAAGUUCAAACUCCCCUGCAAGAGGAACACAAUUCGUGUCAAGCCAACCAUGAAUCCAAUCAAGGAAUCCCAACGCAUUUUACUGCGUCAGUAUGCUCCAUCACGGAAGAUACCCGGUUGGAUGGAUUUUGAAGAUUAUCGAUAAUCGGAAUUGAAUUCGUGACCGAUCAACCGCGAUGGUUCGCAGCUAUGUCUUGUGGAGAUGGGUAUCUCGCAUUGAAAAUGAUCAUCGAUAAUCGUUGGAUGUAUCCAGGUUUUGUGUAUUACAGUAGGGGCUCUAGUGGAUCCUAUCGCCCGUGAA